AUGUCCGACACCGGCCGCGUGAUUAUGCUGACUCCGAAGCAUGUCGACGAGAUUCGAAACGACCCGAAGCUGAGCUUUCUGAAGAAUACAGAGCAUGACUUUCACGCUUACCUCCCUGGUUUCGAACCAUUUGGAGCGGGCAAUGCGAUCCAGAUCCUCAUCAUGGUCGCUAAGAAGCAGCUCACCAAGUUUCUGGCGAAGAUCACAAAGCCACUCUCCGACGAGACCGCGUUUUCCUUCCAAACAGUCCUUGGAGACUCGACAGAAUGGCACGAGGUCGGCUUGGGCCAUUCCAUUCUCAACGUAGUCUCCCGCCUCUCGUCCCGCGUCUUCCUCGGCCCCGAAAUCUGCCGCAACGAGGCUUGGCUCAACAUCACCGUCAUGUACGUCGUGGACUCUUUCAUCGCAGCCGAAAGACUUCGCAUCGUUCCAAAGCCUCUCCGACGCAUCGUCCACUGGUUCCUACCAGAAUGCCAGCGCGUCAGAAGUCACGUCGCCCAGACCCGCUCCAUCAUCCAGCCCGUAAUCGAUGCCCGAGCACGCGAGAAGCGCGUCGCGGCCCAAGAGGGACGUCCGAUUCCAACAUACGAUGAUGCGAUCCAGUGGGGCGAGGAGGAGUCCGCGAGGUCGAAGUAUGACCCGGCGAUCUACCAGCUUGCCAUGGCCGGAGCAGCGAUACAUACCACGACCGAUCUCAUGACGCAGCUGAUUCUAAACAUCCUUCCGAGACCUGAGUUGUUGGCUGCGCUGCGGUCUGAGAUGAUUGAUGUUCUAGGGAAGGAGGGCUGGGCGAAGACGUCGCUUUACAACCUCAAGCUCAUGGACAGUGUGAUGAAGGAGACCCAACGAAUGAAGCCAAUCCAGUCAACUGACAAUUUUAUUCCAAAUUCCAUGGGCCGCAUCGCCGACGCCGACGUCCACCUAUCCGACGGAACUGUCAUCCCCAAAGGCAUGAAGGUCGCUGUCGCCAAUACCUCUAGAAAUGACCCCACCAUCUACGAGAACCCUCUCGAGUUUGAUGGCUACCGUUUUCUGCGCAUGCGCCAGACACCUGGAAAGGAAAACCAGGCGCACUUCGUUACAACGAGUCCAGACUCUCUUGGCUUUGGCCACGGACAGCAUGCCUGCCCGGGACGUUUCUUUGCCGCGAACGAGGUCAAGAUUGCCAUGUGCCACUUGCUUCUGAAGUAUGAUCUUGAGCUGGUGCCCGGGUCCGAUUCCUCGGUGCAGGUGCACGGCUUCAGUCUGAACUCGAAUAGAGGGGCGAAGAUUAGAGUGAGACGGAGGAAGGAGGAGAUCAACCUGGAGAGCCUGUGA